UUCAUUUUGCUUCUGCAAAAUUUAAUAUUUAUAUAUACUUUUUUCAAGAAAAAGAAUUGAAUAUAUAUAAAAAAUAUAUUACACUGACUGGUUUUUUCUUUUUCCUUGUCCAUGGCUAGUUUUUGGGCUGGUAUGUUUGUUAGUAUAUUUUGUGGUGUUUUGGGUAUCAUCUUCAACCAUUUCUUCCCCAUGUUCUUCAUGAAACAUGGUGAUGAACAUGAUCAUAAUUUAAUUCCUAAAGGUUCAUUUGGGUGGCCAAUUUUAGGUGAAACCCUUAGUUUUUUAAAGCCUCAUGCUUCUAAUUCUCUUGGAAAAUAUCUUCAAGAUCAUUGUUCAAGGUAUGGGAAAGUGUUUAAGUCCCAUUUAUUUUUCUCACCAACAGUGGUGUCAUGUGAUCAAGAACUGAACUAUUUCAUACUACAAAAUGAAGGGAAGUUAUUUGAGUGCAGUUAUCCAAAGCCAAUUCAUGGAAUUCUUGGAAAUGUUUCAAUGCUGGUUGCAGUUGGUGAUACUCAUAAAAGACUCAGAAAUGUUGCUCUUUCACUUGUUAAUAUUACCAAAUCUAAACCUGAGUUUCUUAAUGACAUUGAAACUACUGCUAUUCAAUUUCUUAAAUCUUGGAAAGACAAAAAACAAGUCAUGUUCUGUGAAGAAGCAAGAAAGUUCACAUUCAAUGUAAUAGUGAAGCAAGUGUUAGGCUUAACACCAGAAGAGCCACAAACUACAAAAAUUCUCAAAGAUUUUCUUACAUUCAUGAAAGGACUAAUAUCUCUCCCUCUCUAUAUUCCUGGGACUCCAUAUGCUAGAGCUGUUCAGGCUAGAAGGAGGAUAUCAGCAACUGUCAAAGCAAUUAUAGAGGAAAGAAGAGGGAAAAAAAAGAGUGAUUUUGGAUCAAAAAAGAGUGAUUUUCUUGAAAUACUUCUUUGUGUUGAUUCCUUAUCUGAAGAUGAAAAAGUUAGUUUUGUUUUGGAUUCUCUGUUGGGUGGUUAUGAAACCACUUCUUUGUUAAUGGCCAUGGUUGUUCAUUUUCUUGCUAAUUCUCCCACUGCAUUACACCACCUUAAGCUAGAGCAUCAAAGCAUAAGAAACGUGAAGAAAAAAGAUGAAUAUUUGAAUUGGGAAGAUUAUAAGAACAUGGAAUUUACUCAAAAUGUCAUCAAUGAAGCACUUAGAUAUGGGAAUGUUGUAAAAUUUGUGCACCGAAAGGCUUUGAAAGAUGUCAAAUUUAGAGGUUAUUUAAUUCCAUCUGGUUGGAAAGUGCUACCUGUUUUUACAGCAGUACAUUUAGACACAUCUUUGCAUGCAAGUGCUCUACAGUUUCACCCAUGGAGAUGGGAGACCGAAGAUCAAACAUGCAAGAAAUUUACACCAUUUGGUGGAGGGUCUAGAUGUUGUCCAGGUUCUGAUCUUGCUAAGGUUGAGGUAGCAUUUUUCCUCCAUCACCUUGUACAGAAUUACAGAUGGAGAACAGAAGGUGAAGAUCAAGCCAUGGCAUAUCCAUAUGUAGAGUUCCAAAAAGGGCUGAAAAUAAGUUUGGAAGAAUGUUCGAAUUUGAGCCCAAAUUCUGAUGAAUAGUAAGCUUUUUUUGUUUCAAAUUUGGGUGGAAAUUGAAAUUUUCAUGCUUACUAGUAUAUUAUUACAUUUGGAUUGUAAUAUGUCAAAUUCCUAAUCUUUUGGUACAUAAUAAUCAUAAUCCAUCUCUAUUUAUAUCAUUCUAUGUAAAA